UGAACACGGGGCUGUGACAGUCUAUUGCGGGGGCCGUGUGUCACAGGAGGGAAGGAAUUUGUGAGUGGUGACGGGGAAGUCCUCGGUACCAGGCGAUGGUCCUUAGUUACCCGCCGGAUGGGGAUAGACCUUAGAGUGACAGAUCAUAGUUUAAUACUGUCCAUGACUUGUGUUGAUUAAAAUUAUUGCUUUGAGCUGGCGAUUUUCCCAGGCUAAGCAGUCGUGGUAUACUGCAGUUGGCUCAUUCAGUAAUUAGCUGACAUCGUUCACUAAAUGAGCGAGUUAACUUUUCAGUAAUAAUUACGUCGUUUAUGUGCAUUCUGAACUUCCCUUUGAAGUUUAACCUUACAAGUCUCCACCUUACAUAUGCACACAUUAGAAUGUGAUCUCUUGCAUACUUCCUGCGCCUCAAGUCACAAGCAAUCUUAACAAGUAAUUUGUUACAUAUCUGACACAAUUGUUAAUAUUGGAAUAUUAACAAUUGUGUUAAUAUUGGAAUAAUUUUCACAAGAUAACCACUUGGCGUGGUGCAGAACACACACCACACACCAGCACCACCACCAGCAGGGACAGGCGAGGCUGGCAGACAGUACCCCACCGCCGCCACAGUCAGCCCAACACAGAGAGUGACGGCGAGAGGUAUAGACAGAGCUGCGACUAGUGAGGCCAAGACAGGCAAGACGGUGGAAGAUGUAGUGGGAACGACUCAACUUGUGGUAGCGUGUGGUUGACAGACAGUCGUGUUGCUGGUGAACGGAACACUUGUGAAACAGUGGUGAGAGACGCGCAGGUGAAGGCAUCUCUACGACACAAGUUGCGAGGCGCCGGUGCUCCGUGAGAGGAAGACCCCUCCGUCAGCGCCUGCUAGUGUCGGCCCUCACCCCCGCUACCACCCAGCCGUCAUGGGGUACCUCACCGUCGUCCUCAUAGCGUGGGUGGCUGGCGGGUGCGCGCCCCACCUGGUGACCCACGCGGUGCCCGACGCCGCCCUGCCCACCUGCGCCGCCCUCCUCCACGCCGCCGCCCACCGCCCGCGGCUCUCCGCACCCAUGCCGCCCGACCUCCGCGGCAAGUGGCUCUCCUCCAGGUGCGAGACGCGUCCGGGACCCCGCCACGUGCUGCGGGCCUACACCUUCCACGGGGACGGCAGCUUCCAGCUGGCCCUCCACACCUACCACGACGCCUCCUGCGCCCACCCCGCCUACACCCUGGCCGCCCACGGCCGCCUCGCCCUCGGCCGCCCCUCCUGGGUCACCCCUGGGGGCACGGAGGCCGACUACACCCUCACCAGGGUGGAGGUGGUGGGCCACACCCACGGUGAUGCUGCUCUGCUGGCGGCCGCUGUCAACGCCUCCUGCCCCGGCAAAGUUGUCAAGCCGUGGAAGCCUCACAAGGCGCACACCGUCCUGGCCUACACCGACACUGCCAACGAGGUCACGGAGGACGAUGACUGCGCCAGGGGCCUGGGUGGUGCCUGGCACGAACUGCAGCUCCUGAGGGUGGAGAUCACUGGCCCCGUCCACAACCACCACCACCACCGCCAGCAGCAGCAGCAGCAGCAGCAGCAGCAGCAGCACCAGCAGCAGCAGCACCAGCAGCACCCGCGCGACGCCGCCGCCGCCUCCAAGACGGGCGCCAGGAAGGAACUCUUCCUGGGUGAUAUUCACACAGAUGUCUCCAAGCAAGACCACUACCGCCCUACGGGCUACCAGCCGCCUCUCAUCAACGCUGAAUACGCGAGUGAGUGCAGCGUGUGCAGGGAGGUGGGCCGGAGCAACCAGUGGAGUCCCGCCCAUCUGCACGCUGGGCCCACCCUCCCACUGAUGCUGGCCGGGGCCUGGGCCUCUCCCUCGUGUGAGACCAGACCCUACGGCAUGUUUCUCACCCGUAACCUCCUCUUCAGCCCAGUGGGCCAGGAAUGGUCGAUGACACUACGCUACUACCACGAUCCCGAGUGUUCCAGGCCUUCCUUCACUCUCCAUGCUACUGGCACAUAUGCCCUUGCCACACCUGCUCCUUAUGCCCACGACUUUAUUGUUAGUCAUCUUGUGAUGACACCAGAAGACACAGACAUGGCCAAUGCUCUCAACUCAUACAAAGGAAAGGAGUGUGGGCGACCAGGAAGGUGGCUGCCAAAGAAAUCACAGGAUGUCACAUCCACCGGAGGGUGCAAAGCUGUUGGUGUGCGGGUGCCUAUCGUCGAGAAGGAGAUUAUUCGCACCGGUGUGGACGAGAUGGGUGGCAUGUGGCUAACACUGGGGCAAACACCCACCACUCCACGACAGAUGGGUGACUCCCCAAGACCCACCAGCUGGGGGCCCACCCUCAUCAGCUGCAGACAUUACAGCUCUCAUGACCAAGACAACUCUAUCCUACCCAUGAUGGGGGCCCGUACUGCUUCAUCCUGCACAUCCUUGACUUACACAAAAUUCCUUAUCAUCCCGCUCCUGGUCCUGUCGCUGCACACUAGGGAACCUUGAGACUGAGAGCAAAGUUUCAGGGAAGAGUCAUAAAAAGUAUAAAUAUCAGUAAGCUGUCAUAGAAAGUGAGGAAGCUUACAGCAGAUACUAAGAGCCGUGUAAGUUAUGAUUGAACGUUAGAAUUCUGCGACAAUAUUAGCAUUCAUUCGUAGUUGUCAUAUCCAAUGUAAGUUAUCUUAACUUACUUUUUGUCGACAGUGUAGAAUCACAAAUGUUGUUUAUGCAGCACCCGACAUUCUAACACGGGAUUAAAAUCUUAAACAUUGUACUAUACAUAAAGCUCCUAAUGAUGAUGAUAUUAAUUAUAAAAUAAUUUUUAUAAUUUAUCAGUACUGUAUAUGAAAGGAGCACAAGAGCUUCAUGUAUAGUACAGUGCUUAAGAUUUUGUUGGGCUUAAUGUAAUGAAUGGUUUAAAUGUGCCAUUACUUCCAAUAUUUAAUAGCAACAUCUGUCUCAAGAAUUGGUUUCGAGAGAAUUUAUAUAAAUUGCUUCUCUUCUGCCCCAUUUGGUUUUUCAACAUUCCAUUUAGCUAUACAAGGACAUAAAAAUAACAAUUAGUGUGUUAGCUUUAAGUAGAUAGUUUGAUAUGCUCCUAUAAGCCCACCUGUAACAUUCUCCCUAGACUUUAAUAUCUUUAAUGUUUACAUUUUGUAUACCAAUUCGUCCAGCUAGAGUUGUUGUACUAAUCUGACAAUGUCUUUAGGAGCUUUGUUAUUGUUAACAGGUAUGUAUUAUAAACUGCAUCUUCGUCAGUGUAGAGAGGUUAGACAUGGAUUUACUAUUCGAUCUUACCUAUGCAACCAAUGGGGUGGUCCAGUGGAUGAUAGACAUGUGGUCCAAGCUGAGCACAGAUGUGUCGGACCAACACUGAAAACGUCAUUGGAUAGGGAGACCUUGAUAAGCCUAACAGGUAUUCUCCCUAACAGUAGUACACUGUACCAGAAUUCCAGUAAACAUAAUGGAAACAGGGAUCUUGUGCUAUACUGAGUACUACUGCAUUUUUUACCCUGAAUAUUUUAUUGCUGUACGUAAUCAUGUUUGGAUUUCUAGCACCAUUUAUGAUGAUUCAUCAUGCAAUUUGCCUCAAUCUAUGUUUAAUGUGAGGAGUUAUUUAGUUAAAGUAUUUAUUCACUGUAUAUAAACAUAAAAAUACAGAAAGUCAGUAUAGGAAAUUAGCUCCAAUAUUUUUUAAGGAGACUUGGCUAACUUAGGACCUGAAUGAUGAUUAUUGGUAGUGGAAAUCACACAAUGUUCCUUAAACACAAAGGUUACGUAACUUUGCAGCAACAGCCUGUCUCAUGUGGAAAAAGGUAUUCAAUGCUUGAAAUUAAUUUGGUUUGAAAUGUCAUCAUUUAAUGAAAAUGCUUGAGAUCAGGACUACGUAUGUAUUGUACGGUAUCUGAUUUAAUGUUACUACAGAUGCUCAAAAUUACUACAGAUGCAAAAUAUUUUAUUUAUAUUUGAAACUAUUUAUACCUACACCCUUUAACAAAAUUUAAUUUUUGAAAACUUGUUACCAUUUUUGAUAAACUUUACUAACGAAAUAACCUCAAAUAUGAACAUUCUCAAACUAUCUCGGGAUUUUCAAUGCAAGGACAAUGAACAUACUUUUAUCAACGUCAGAUGAAUACUUAAAUUACUUCAUCUUAAAACAAUUCAAUAUCUGGCAAUUCUCAAGACAUUCUGCAGUCCAUCUUGCCUAUGGCUGCCCUACAGCAGUUCAAACCCUGAACCACCUACCUCAACCUCACGUCACAAUACUACAUCCAUAUAAAUUACUUUUAAAAAGUAUAAAAAAAUAAUCACCCCAGCAUUACCAUAAUUAAUUAUGUAUAAUUUUCAAGUAUGGUUAGGUUUUCUUGUAUAUAAUUGUACUUUACUUUCUGCUUUAGGCAGCUGUAUAGUUACACUGCAAAUGUGUAACAAUGUAUGUUGUUGGUGGUAAACACAGACCCAAGUUGACAUAACUGGGAUGCUUUAGCUCUCUGGUGAUUGUGUGCCGAUUUAAGUGUUCCUCCCUAGUGGCUUGGUAACCACUUACUUACUUACUGAAUACUAAAUGUGUAGAUUUUGUGUGUAAGACAAUAGGAUUGUGUGUGUGUGUGUGUGUAAUACUGUAGUCGUCAGUAUUAACUAAGAACUACAACUAGUUCCUGUAUUUAUCGUGCACUACUCGAUUUGAACCAUGAAUGGUCUUACUCGACUAAAACUCGAGAAUGAUUAUCAUUUGCAGUUAUUAUUAUUUGUGCUGCCUGGGGUAUUUGCUGUCAUGCCAGGGCAGGUGUCAACAAAAACAUGUUAUAGGAUAUCGUUUCACAUUAUUUUUUUAGCAGGUAUGGCAACAGGUUAAUAUUAGUUUACAAAAUUCAUAGCACUAAUAUAGUGUAGUAAAUUUUUCAUAAUUUUCUAGUAUAAAUAUUGUAAAGUUUACAGCAUAUUGAGACAUUAAACCUUUAGUAGAAAGGAAACUCUAACUUUAAAUACAAAUUUGAAAAGCCUAGUUAUGGAUAUGAGAGAAACUUUGAAUAAGGUUAACACAAGUUUGUGCUCAUUUUACUCUGGCUCAUCAUAAGCUAGCACUUCUGACUUUAAUAAGCAUUAUCUAGUCAAAAUGUUUUGUAUUGCAUCUGAUAGUUAGCAAAUAAUGAUGU